UUUAGAGUGAAAAUAAUUUCUUUAUCUGAAAUUUCGAAAAAUUAUAGAAAAUAAUUUUGUGUUCAAAUAGUUUUCCAAUAUAAUAUUUGAAAAAAACCGAAAAAUAUCUGUGGACAAACAGCCACUAAAACUGUGAAGUAUUUAUAGUUGAUUCCAACUGAAUUUGGCGCCCAGUGAUUUUCUUCAAUAUGAAUUCUAGUAAACAAUCCUUCUAAAAAUCAAUGGCGAUCACAUCAUCCUACCCAAAACCACCAUUGUUGCAUACUAAAAUUACUUCAAAAAACUCCAAGAAAUGGAUACCCAUCACUACCCAUUCCAUUUCCAACACCCCCCUUCAAUUCCAAUUGCCUCUACAUAAACCUCACUACAAAAUACACCAACCCAUUAAGCCAGAAAUCAAGAAAACUACAGACCCAAGUUGCACAAUCUCUGAUGUUUUAAGGCUAAUGGAUAGUCUUGGUUUUAACAUACCAGUUGACGUAUACGUUUCCCUUAUCAAAGAAUGCACUGAAUCUCGUGACCCUCUAAACGCGGUCGAAGUCUAUGAGCAUGUCUGUAAAAGUGAUGUAAUUCCUAGCCUGCCAUUACUGAAUCGUUUGUUGCUGAUGCUUGUGUUAUGUGGUUGUUUUGAGCAGGCCCGCCAACUGUUUGAUAAAAUGCGUGUGAGAAAUUCUCAGUCUUGGGCUGCGAUGAUCGCGGGGUGUGUUGAAAAUGGAGAGUGUGUAGGAGCUUUGCGUUUGUUUAUGGAGAUGCAGAGUGAGGCGGGAAACUUGUGUAAGUGUGGUGAUUUAAUUGAUGAUGGGAUAUUGGUGUGUGUUCUUAAGGCUUGUGUGGAAUUGAUGAAUUUGGAAUUUGGGAGACAGAUUCAUGGAUGGUUAUUGAAGUUGGGUAAUUGUGAAAGUAUGGUUUUGAAUAGUUUUUUGAUCAAAUUUUAUGGGGAGUUUGGUUAUCUGGAAAGCGCGGAUAAUGUGUUUGAUCAUGUUCCACAUUGUAAUACAGUUGUUUGGACAGCUAGAAUUGGCAAUUUGUGUAAAGAGGAACAGUUUGAGGGCGCAAUAAGGAUUUUCAGGGAGAUGGUAAGUGAAGGAGUAAAGAAAAAUAGUUUUACAUUUUCAAGUAUUCUUAAAGCGUGUGGGAAGUUGAGGGAUGCUGGAUGUUGUGGUCAACAGAUUCAUGCUACUUCCGUCAAGGUAGGACUUGAUACGGAUAGUUAUGUGCUUUGUAGCUUGAUCGACAUGUAUGGUAAAUAUGGGUUGCUAAAGGAUGCUCGGAGGGUUUUUAAUGCGCGAGAGGACAAGAGCAAUAUUGCCUGUUGGAAUGCAAUGUUGAUGGGAUGUAUACAACAUGGUUUCGGUGUUGAAGCCAUGAAAGUUCUCUAUGAGAUGAAAGAAGCUGGUUUGCAGCCACAUGAAUCCUUGAUUAAUGAAGUCUUGUUGGUUUGUGGCAGUAGUAAUAUCGAGAAAAUGAAUGCCUGACUUAAGAAUAUAUCUUAGUUUCCAUGAAGAUGAUUUUUCAUGGAAUACAAUGCAGGCAUCAACUGGCACGGAGUUAGCCGGGGCUUCUUCCUCGAGUCCUGUCAUGAUCACGCAUUCAACACCAUUGUAUUGGCUAAUCUCUAGUUUCCUUGAUGAGUUUGUUGCAUUUGAAGUAUCCACAAGGGUAUGUAUGUAAUAACGUUCCUAAGAGAUGUUAAGCAAUCUUGCACAUGGAAUACCUCUUAGUUUCCCAUGAAUAUAUGAAGAUGAUUUGCAAGAUCAAUGAUCAACACACUGGCUGAUAUCUCUAGCUUCGUUGAUGUCAUCAGCUUGACGAGUUGUUUGCAUAUCAAGGAUCAACAAGGUGCAUAGACUUACAUCGCUCUGGAAGAACUCGAGCAUAUGGUACUACUGGACUUGGUAAUGCAGGAGAAGUGGAGAACCCUAAUAAUGAACGCGAUCAGAUUUUGGCAAAUCCAAGACUAAGCAGAUAUACUUGUUCUUGCGGUGGCAUUAAUCAACUGAUGGUUAUUGUGAGAUUUCUGUCUACACAAUCUCUAGAUAUAUAUAUGAGCAUUAUCAUAGUUGUUCGUGUGCUCGAAUCUAAUUUAGUUCAUUUGCAAGCUAGGGAUGCUGAAUUGUGAGAAGGAACUAAAGGAAACCUUAAGUAGUUGGAUGCACUCAAGAUCAGUGUUCUAAUGUUGAUUAUAUUUACAAUUUGUGGUUGCAAAAUGAUACCUUGUUUAUACAUAUCCAUGAGAGUAAUAUUAUUCACAUAUAUGUAUAAUUUACAUGUCAAAA